AAUUUCACUUUCUUCUUUAUCACUGUGUUUGCAGAAAUCCUUCUAAUUUAUCUGCCUCAGCAGAAAAUUUUUGCUAAUGCUCUGGACUGCCCAAGAUAUUGGAGAGGCAAAGUGAUAAGACACCAGGUGCAUCAGAGCAUCCCGAUUCAGGAGGGAAGAAGCCACCAGCUCCUCUUCACUUCCUAGGUUCUACCCAAAGGUGAGGAUUUCUGCCCCAGGAGACAGGAGAGGGGUCACAUGUGGGAAAGGCUUCCAGAAUAUUGAUGGAUCCCUGUAAAUAACCACUCCCCAGGAGGCUGCUGUGGCUCAGGAGUCUUCAGAAUCCAGAGUUUGUGUGGAGGGAAGGGGUACUCUCUGGAAAUGGCCUCAGAAAUCCACAUGCCAGGCCCAGUGUGCCUCAUCGAGAACUCUAGUAAGCAGUUGGUGGUCAACCCCGAAGCGCUGGAGAUCCUGUCUGCUAUCCAACAGCCUAUGGUGGUGGUAGCAAUAGUGGGCUUCUACCGCACAGGCAAAUCCUAUCUGAUGAACAAGCUGGCUGGAAAGCAGAAGGGCUUCUCCAUGGGCUCCACUGUACAGUCUCACACCAAGGGCAUCUGGAUGUGGUGUAUGCCUCAUCCCCAGAAGCCAGAACAUACCCUAGUUCUGCUUGACACGGAGGGCCUGGAAGACAUAGAAAAGGGUGACAAGCAGAACGACUGCUGGAUCUUUGCCUUGGCAGUCCUCCUCAGCAGCACCUUCAUCUACAACAGCAUAGGAACCAUCAACCAGCAGGCCAUGGACCAGCUGCACUAUGUGACAGAACUGACUGAUCUAAUCAAAUCAAAGUCAUCACCUGAUCAGAGUGGUCUAGAUGACUCAGCUGACUUUGUAGGCUUCUUUCCCAUCUUUGUGUGGACUCUGAGGGAUUUUUCCCUGGAUCUGGAAGUUAAUGGAAAACCUGUCACUGCUGAUGAGUACCUGGAGAACUCACUGGCUCUGAAAAAAGGAACUGAUGAGGACAGUAAAAAAUUUAAUGCACCUCGACUGUGUAUCAGGAAGUUCUUCCCAAUGAGGAAGUGCUUCAUCUUCGACAGGCCUGCCUACAGGAAGCAACUUUCUAAACUCGAGUCUAUGCAGGAAGACGAGCUGAAUAAAGAAUUUGUAGAACAGGUUGCAGAAUUCAGCUCAUACAUUUUCAGGUAUUCUGGUGUCAAGACUCUGUCUGGUGGCAUCGAAGUCAAUGGGCCACGUCUAAAGAUCCUGGUGCAGACCUAUGUCAGUGCUAUCUGCAGUGGGUCUCUCCCCUGCAUGGAGAGUGCUGUGCUGACUUUGGCCCAGAUAGAGAACUCAGCAGCAGUGCAAAAGGCCUUAACCUACUAUGAAGAACAGAUUAAUCAGAAGAUCCAGAUGCCCACAGAAACCCUCCAGGAGCUGCUGGACCUGCACAGGACCUGUGAACGUGAGGCCAUUGAGGUCUUCAUGAAGAAUUCUUUCAAGGAUGUAGACCAGAAGUUCCAGAACGAAUUAGGGACCCAGCUGGAAGCCAAGCGAGAUGCUUUAGUUCAGAAGAACAUGGACAUGUCAUCAUCUUGUUGCUCAGAUUUACUGGAGGGUCUCUUUGGUCCUCUGGAAGAAGAAGUGAAGCAGGGGACAUUUUAUAAACCAGGAGGUUACUACCUUUUUUUACAAAAGAAACAAGAACUGGUGAAAAACUAUAUCCAUACUCCUGGAAAGGGACUCCAGGCUGAAGAGAUGCUGAGAAAGUACUCUGAGUCCAAGCAGGAUUUGACUGAUACACUUCUGAAGAUGGACCAGUCACUCACAGAAAAAGAAAAGCAGAUCGAAGUGGAACGUAUAAAAGGUGAAGCCGCAGAAGCUGCAAACAGAGCAUUGGAGGAAAUGCAAAAGAAGCAUGAAAUGCUGAUGGAACAGAAGGAAAAGAGUUAUCAAGAGCACAUAAGACAACUGAAUGAGAAGAGAGAUUUGGAAUGGAAAGAGUUAAUGGCAGAAAUGAUAAAAGUCACAUCCCUUAAACAUCAGGAAAAGGAAAGACUUUUCAAGGAAGGAUUCCAGAGUGAGGGCAUGAUGCUAUUUCGAGAGAUAGAGAAAAUCAAGAAUAUGCUUUCACCACCUGCUCCAUGCACCAUACUCUAAAAUUUAAACAGAUUAAAGCUCUACCCUGGUUCCACUCAUCAAGGAAUAAACUUCGGGGACAGCUUUGGACAGUGAAGCAGCAUGACACUGAACUACACCUGAAGAUAUGACACUUUAUUUGGAUGAAGACAGAAAUAAAGUUAACAAAGUGGAGUUUACAUGUAAAAAAAAAAAGUUUGGCUUAUGAAGUGAUUCAGUUCAUGUUUGUUUUAGAACUAAAGAUUCAUGUGCCCUUUAAUUGGGUCUUAUAUUUGAAAUUGUAAACAUGGACUCUGCACACCUACUGAAUUGCAUUCUUGGGAUUUGUUUUUACAAUGCAUUGAUGUGGUAGCUGUCUUUGUGCAGACCUUUUCGGAUCACAUACACUUCUGGAUACUCUUAGUCCUGUGCUCAUAAGUAAUUGAAAGAUUUAACUUUGCCCUAAGCUGAGAUCUGCAUGUUGCAAAAGUGAUAAAAAUCUGAACAUAUGCAUAGGACACAACUCCUUAGUCUCAUGCUGUGGUGCAGACAUUGCUUCCCAGGGUAGACAAUGGGCAGUGCUCAAUGUGGGUCUGCUCUGUGGCUCUGUAGCUGGUAGGCGAGCAGAGAAGCCCAUUGGAGAGUGGGAGAAAAUCCCCAUCCCAGCAGAAUGCAUGUGUGAGUGGGAGUUUCACCUCCCCAUUUAGAGAACUUCUUGCUGUGUUUGGUGCUCCAGCCUAUUGUGUUUCCUUUCUAAUCUCUCUUCUUAAUUGUUUGAACUACUUGUUCCUUCUAAGAGUUUUAGAAUGACUUCUACAAUCCCAGAAUGGAGAACUCAAAAUAAAUUUCAUUCUAGUCUUCUGAGGCUCAUGACAACAGUCCCACCUCUCCUGAAGCCAAGCUUCCUUUUUACCUGCCUUUUGUUCCUGUGACAUAAUUUGCAACUCUCUGAGGAUAAAUGCCUUCUACAAUAUAGCAUAUGCAUGGGUUAAGUGAAAGCUGUUAAUAAAAAUGAUCAUCCUACCA